UGAUUCAAAAUGGUGUCGGUGCUGCAGAAAUCGCGCUAUUUAGUUGUACAAAAGAAUUGUUUGAGAUAUUUUAGAGGAUUUGAAUUUAUUUACGGCAAAAUCAAUGCUUACAAAUAUUUGUCGACCAUUUCGAGUACUAGUUUCAAUCGUGUAAACAAUGAAAUUAUUGUACUGGGACAGUCGUACCGUGCUGAUGAAAUGACUAAUAUCACACCAAGUAUUUUAACAAAAGUUGAUAGAAAACUACAUAAUUUAACUGACCAUCCAUUGAAGAUUUUAAAGGAUAAGAUACACAAAUAUAUGUAUGCCACACAUCGUACCCGUUGGGGCUCACCUGUAUUCACAAUGAUUGAUGAUGUCAGUCCUGUGGUUACCACGUAUCAGAACUUUGAUAGUUUACUGGUACCAUCAGACCAUACUGCAAGAUCAAAAAAUGACAAUUAUUAUAUCAAUAAAGACAUAUUAUUACGCGCCCAUACUACGGCACAUGAACAAGAUUUACUUAAGAUGGGCCUUGAUGCAUGGAUUUUAACAGGAGAUGUAUAUCGUCGUGAUGAAAUUGACAAAAGUCACUAUCCAGUAUUUCAUCAAAUGGAAGGUGUUAGAGUUUUUGUUAAGCAUGAACUCUUCCAAAAUAAUCAAGAGCCUGUAAAUAUAUUCAGUCAUGAUAAGAAGGCAACACCUGAAUGUCAAGCAGUGCACACCAAAGAGGCUGUUAAAUUGGUUGAAAACAACCUUAAGGAAACGCUAACCAAUCUUGUUGAGCAUUUAUGUAAGGAGAAAGUAAAGACUCGUUGGGUUGAAGCAUACUUUCCCUUCACACAUCCAUCAUGGGAAAUGGAGAUCAGGGUUGAGAAUGAUUGGAUGGAACUGUUAGGAUGUGGCAUUUUACAACAUGAUAUAUUGAAAAAUGCUGGUGCAGAAAACAAAAUUGGCUGGGCAUUUGGCAUUGGCCUGGAACGCCUUGCUAUGAAAUUAUUUCAAAUCCCAGAUAUUCGCCUAUUUUGGAGUAAAGAUGAAAGAUUUUUGUCUCAAUUUCGAGAAAACAAGGUUGUACAAUUCAAGCCAUUCAGUAAAUAUCCACCAACAUAUAAAGAUGUGUCUUUCUGGGUUUCUGAGAAAUACACAGCAAACAAUUUCUAUGAAAUUGUACGAUCCACUGCAGGAGAUAUUGUUGAAAAGGUUGAAUUGAUAGAUGAGUUUGUACAUCCCAGGACAGAACGAUUGAGUCAUUGUUAUCGAAUCACAUACCGUUCCAUGGAGAAAACUUUUCGGGAUGAAGAAGUGAAUGAAAUUCAGGAUUUUUUACGCAAAGAACUACAUGCUAAACUAGGGAUUGAAUUAAGAGGCUAAUAAUAAUGAUGGACACAGCAUAUUCCUCCAUUACCUGUGCUUUCUUUUUAUUUUCUACAUCCUCACAGAACUGUGUAGUUGGUAGUGAUAAAUCCAUAGCUGAAUAUACAGAAGUUAUUUUUUCAUA